UGUUCAAGAUGUGACAUGUGCGAAAAACCGCUAUUUAAGCAGCCCUUUGUUAAUUCCCAACAUCACUCAUCGAGGAACAUCUUGACGUUCGUCAUGGCCGGUUCUAUGGUUUUCUUGGCAAUCUGUGCCUUUGCCUUCGUGUCAUCCGCAAGUGCAUCUGACGAGCUCUCAGUCGUCAAGGUGGACCAAUGCACGGAUGGGUCGACGAAGAAUGUGAAGGAAGUUCGAUUGACUCACUGCGAAUCCCUUCCCUGCAAUGUCAAAUUGGCCGACAAGCCUCGCUUUGAAGUCGACUUCAUCGCAGAGAGGGACUCCGAUGUGAUGCGUCUCAAGGUUCAAGGCCAGAUUGGACAACUGAAGCCGGAGAAUUUCCCUGGCUUCAAGAGCGACGCGUGUAGCCAGAUGGGUGUUGAUUGCCCACUUGUGGCCGGCAAGCAGUACACAGCCAAGUCACAGCUCACGAUGUCACCUACAUUCCCGCCGACUCAAGCAAAGGCCAUUUUCACAGGUGUGGAUGCUGCAGGAGAGCUCUUCUGCUUUACCGUACCUGUAGAGCUGAAGCAGUAGACUCAUGCAUCUGACUCGAGAAAUAAAUAAAUUUGACUAAUGUUGAA